AUGAUAGGGACAUCCUUUCACGACUACAUUUUCAUCCGGCUCUGCAUUACUAUCCUACACUGGAUCGCUCCUCUUAGUAUUCUCUAUUGCAUAAGCUCUCUUAUCUAUCCUGCCCCAUUCCAUGUCUCUCCAAUGCUGCAGGUUUGGACAAUCCUCGAGACAGUGUUUUACCUUUUUGUGUAUCAUCCACGAAGACUUUACCUACAGAGAGCAGCGACUCAUCCAACGCCCAUCUGCCGCAUACAUCGCCGCAUACUCUUCCAGCGUUGUCAUGAGAGUAUUUCUGACCCGGAGCACUAUCUAUCGAAAUGGUUCAUGGACGCUCCAGCAUCAGAGAUUAAGUGGGAGAAUGUUAAAGACUUUUUUCGGUGGGCAUUUCUGAAUACAGGAGUGCUGAAUACAGUGGACGAUGAGGAGCUGGAUGAAUAUGUUAGAGAGAUGGAGAAGUUGUUAGGGCGCAGGAUCGAACCUGGGAGAGGCAAUGCAAAGUGCCUUAGACUGACCCUUGAGAAGGUCGACAUGUUACAUCGGAGCUUGACCUGGUAUCUGUGUGUCUUUAUUGUGGACACGGUAGCAUCUGGCUACAUGUGGUACUACUCCUUCGACUUCCACAACGCUUCCCUUCUGCAAUCCCUUGCUGUCUUCCCCUGCCGCCCCUUCGCUCUUGUCACCCCCCAUCGGUCUCCUGCGAAAACCCUCACUUAUUGGCACCGCCCACAUACCUCUAAGGAUAGACUCCCCAUUCUAUUCAUUCAUGGUAUUGGUAUUGGACUCUAUCCUUACAUAAAUUUCCUAGCCGAACUGAACUCAGAAAGCGAGACAGAUAUAUCAAACGGAGAGCUAGGUAUUAUAGCUGUGGAGAUCAUGUCUGUGAGCUUUAGAAUCGCAAACGAGACGCUGGAGAAAGAAAAGAUGUGUCACGAGAUUGACUGCAUACUAAAAGAGCAUAAUUGGGAGCAGUUUGUGCUUGUAUCACAUUCUUACGGGAGCGUAAUUGCCACACAUCUCCUUCGUGAGCCACAUAUCGCCCGAAAAGUUGGGCCGGCCCUGUUUAUUGACCCAGUGUCUUUUCUACUGCAUCUGCCAGAUGUAGCUUACAACUUUAUCUGCCGUAAGCCAACCCGCGCCAACGAAUACCAGCUUUAUUACUUCGCUUCCAAAGACAUGGGUGUGUCACACACGCUCUUCCGGCGUUUCUUCUGGAGUGAGAAUAUCCUGUGGAAGGAGGAUAUCCAAAACCGACGUGUGACUGUAGUGUUGAGUGGAAAAGAUCUUAUAGUCAACACGAAAGCUGUUAAAGCAUAUUUAACAGGAAGUGAGACUGUGGGGAGCGAAGAUAAGGACUGGAAAGAAGUAACAUGUAAGGGAGAUAAACUACACGUACUCUGGUUUCCAGAACUGGACCAUGGGCAGGUGUUCGAUAAGAAGAGUACGCGAGCGCAGUUAGUGGGCAUUACCAGAAGCUAUUGCGAUAGAGAAUAG